ACGAAUUUUACGAAAUAAUAAUAAAUUUCGUCUUGUUUAAAACAAAUAAAUAAUGUUGAAUAAUUAAUAAUUUGCGUAAAAACUUUAUGCACUCGAGAAUUAUACCGAAAAACAUAUAAUGAAACCAACGACAUCGCCCACACCCUCUGUGGUGUCCAGUUAUACAGCGUCUCGAGGUCAAUCACCAUUGCCACCACCAGCCAAUGCACGCAAAGAUUGUCUUUCUGCCACAACAAAGAGUUACAAAUAUCUAAGGCGUUUGUUAAAAUUUAAUCAAAUGGACUUUGAGUUUGCAUUGUGGCAAAUGAUUUAUUUGCUAAUAGCGCCACAAAAAGUUUAUAGGAAUUUUAAUUAUAGAAAACAAACAAAAUCACAAUUUGCAAGAGAUGACCCAGCCUUCUUAGUAUUGUUAGUUGUAUGCUUAUGUGUAACAUCUUUAGGAUUUGCGGGGUUUUUGGGUUUAACCAUCUGGCAGAGUAUAUCAUUUAUAUUCUAUGUAGUGUUUGUCGAUUGUAUAUUUGCGGGCAUUGUGGUGGCCACUUUCCUGUGGUUAGUUACAAAUCGCUACUUAAGAACCAGUAACCUAGAACCCGAUAUUGAGUGGGGUUAUGCCUUCGAUGUGCACUUGAAUGCCUUCUUCCCGCCCUUAAUGCUCUUGCACUUUCUGCAGCUAUUCUUCUACAACUGGUUGAUCAGUCAACCCUGGCUUAUAGCUCGACUUUUGGGCAACACUUUCUGGUUGCUAGGCUUGAGCUAUUAUGUUUAUAUCUCAUUUUUGGGCUACAAUUGUAUACCACAUCUUAAGAACACACGUUUAAUUCUCAUUCCUCUACCCAUUAUAUUCUUAUUAUAUUUAAUCAGUUUAAUUAUUAGUUGGAAUGUGACCAUAUCCUUUAUGGACUUUUAUAAGUAUCGAGUAUAUUAGUUACUAAAGAGUAGGAUUUCUAAGAAAUAUUUAAUUUCAUUUUUUCUGUGUUGUACAUUAGGCAUUCAUAACUAAUUGUGCAUAUAAACUGUAUAAUAAUGCGAUUUUAUUAAAUAAACAUAUAUAUUAAAUAAUGUUCGCAAGACAUUGUAAUUUACAAAAUAAA